AUGGAAAACCAACUGGCAAGCUUGAACCCCAUCUUCCUCAACAAAAAAGAACGUAGAGAUGAGACGUUUAUCAGAUCCAAGCCAUCUGUUCUGAAUGUCAACGCUCGUCCAACAGACCCACAAAAAACGUGUCCACUGUGCAAUGCCAAUGAUCAUCUGAGCCUCGUCAAGUGUGAAAAGUUUGCCAAACUUUCCGUUGAGCAACGCCGUUCUGUAGCAAGAUCGUGUAAGGUGUGUUACAUAUGUUUGAAGCAGGACCAUUCGCGCCGCAACUGUCGAUCUGAUCUAUCGACGUGUACAGUAUGCAACAAAAACCACCAUGAAUUAGUGCACUCGGAUAAAGAAAGUAGACAACCAUUUCGCAAGUACGGAAACAAGGAUGCUGAAGAUGUCUACCACGUCAAUGGCAGGAAUGUGACUACUAUGCUGCGUGUCGGUAAAGUUCGGAUCCGUAGUCAUGGUAAAGUUCAGGACGUUUUCGCUCUAUUCGAUGAAGGAUCUUCCCUCUCAAUGAUCGAUUCGGAACUUGCUGAUCAAAUGGAGCUGAGCGGUCCAGUUUCACCUGUAACCUACCGCUGGACAAACGGAAUUUUGCACAAUGAUUCCGAGUGA